UUUACUGUUUUAAGCUCUUUUCUCCACAGUCCAGCAGUAAAAUAAAUUAUCAGUUAAUUUUUAACUGUGGGUGGCAUCAGGGAUCAUGCAGACACAACCUGUCAUGGUUUCACAACCAGCUUUCAACCAGUCAGGAAAUUACUGUCAGUAAAGCUGGAGUGCAGUUUUGCUUAUUUCGUUCCUUGUUCUGCUUGAUGUCUGGAUUCUAAGAAAAUAUUUGUUGAGCUAAAGCUCUGUUACACAUGGAAGGGAUACUUCAAAGUUAUUCUGUAUUGACUUUGGAUACUAUGCUAUAUUGCAGGGUCUUAGUUUAGAAUUACUAAAACCACUUUGAUCUUCACCUACCUCUUUUCCCCCACAAUUCUUUAUUCAAUUCAUCCACUUAAAAAUUUUUAUUCUUCUCUUGUCAUGCUCUCAGGUAGUCCCCAAUUCUUUCAAGGACCUCCCCCCUCAUGUGACAAAGCCUGUUUUCAGUUCUUCAGCUCCCGUUUCUAUCACAUUUGAUACAAAUACUUUAUUUGAAUCUUUAAAAAGUUUCUAGGCUAGAACUUCAAAUGCUCACUGACUAGGUCUGAGUUUUGUAGUGAGAACACAACAGACUUUGUGUUUGUUUUUUGGUUUUUCGUACUAUUUUGUGGUGCAAUUUAACUGGAGCUUUAUAUUGUGUCCACCUCAAAGGAAACAAUAUAGACAGUCAAGCCAAGAACAAGGUUUAUUAGAAUAAGCUGCCUCUUUUAUCUUAGAGCUCUUUGUAGCAGAAUAUUUUUCCAACUAGAAGCCAUAGAAAUUCAAGUGUACUAUUUAUAAUGUAUCGAUUGCACCUCUUUCUGUAGUUGCUGUUAAGCAAUUUCUGUACAUACCUCUCCUCCCCCCAGCAGCACUCUAUAUUUAACUCACAUGCCUAAGACUUGUUUCUAUGACUUCUGCACUGUCUAGCAUGCCACGUCUGUGCUGAAAAAAGAACUAAAUCCCUUGGGCCAAAUUCAUUCCUGGAGUUGCUUGAUUGACCACAGUGCAUUUACAAUGAGCACAGAUUUGGCUCAUACCUGACUUUGUCAACAUUCACUGUGCUGUAACUAAGUAACAAGAACACUGUCAUUAGGGGACAGAUGAAUAGCUUUCUCUAAGGUUAUUAGAGCACUGAGCACCUUUAAGGAGUGCAGAAAUCUAUGAAAGGAGGAGCUGGGGAAAAGGACACCGCUCCUUUUAGAGCCUGUGUAACAGAACUGAUAAGCUAUUCCUGUGAUGUGAUCGAAUGUGACUGAAUACCGCAGGCUCUUGGACUCUUAUUCUAUAAAAUCCACAUCAGAGCAGCAGAGGAAAAGAUCGGAAGGAACAGCUUCUGCUGUACUGAGAAAGAUGCUGGAGAGCUCUUCAGUCCUUUUGUUCAUUGUCUUCUCCCUGCUUUUCAUUUUGCUGCUCUUGGUGGUGCUCAUCAGGAAAAACAGCACUGCUGCCCUUAUCUGGAAUGAAAGAAUCCGGGAGAAAAUAAUCAAUUUUGUCAUGAAUCAGAGCAAAGAACAGAGGAUUUUAAAUUUUGUGCUGCAGAAUGCAGUCCGAGGAGACCCCUGUAGUGUGAUGGACACUAUAGAUAAGUACUGCUCCCAGAAGGAGUGGGCCAUGAAUGUGGGCGAUGAGAAAGGUUUAAUUCUAGACAAGACAGUGGAAGAGGUCAAUCCAUCAGUUGCACUGGAGCUGGGAACAUAUUGUGGUUACUCAGCAGUUAGGAUUGCUCGGCUACUGAAGGCAGGAGCUCGUCUUCUCACUGUGGAGUUCAACCCAGAAUUUGCUGCUAUAGCUAAACAGAUUAUUGAGUUUGCUGGAGUACAAGAUAAGGUAAAAAUCCUAGAAGGCCCUUCAGAGGAAAUUAUCCCCCAGCUGAAGAAAAAAUAUGAAGUAGAUACUCUGGAUUUUGUUUUCCUGGACCACUGGAAAGACAAAUACACACCAGACACCAUCCUGCUUCAGGAAUGCAACUUGCUGAGGAAGGGCUCGGUUCUUCUGGCUGACAAUAUCAUCGUCCCAGGAGCUCCAGAAUUCCUUAACUAUAUCCGCAACAACCCCCGUUUCCAAUGCACUAACUACCCAUCUCAUCUGGAAUAUAUGAAAGUGGAGGAUGCUAUGGAAAAGGCUGUGUUUUUGGGAUAAAGAGAGCCAUUAAUACUCAACAUUUGUUUCAAAUGAUGUAAAUGCAACUGCACAGGUUAACUUGUCCAUGCUUUAAAUUUGGGGGGUUUUGUACUUUGGAGCCUGUAAUUAAUGCAAGCGCUAGUGGACAUCAUUUUAGACCAAGUGGAAGCCAAGACUGGGAGUAAGUAGGGUAACUGCUGAAAGGUCUAUUCCAUUGUUUCACAUAAUUCAGCAAAGCGAAGUGAUGCGCAUUGCCUUGCCUUGACCAACGCAUCAUCAGUCUGUUAUUUUGAGCUUAAGCCUGAACCAUCAAAGUUUGGGCUUGGGGUAGGGUGGAGAAAGUUGCUGCAACUUCUGAAGAAUUGUGUCCCCAAGCUAAACUGAUUAAUCAUUGUAAAGAGUGGGAAAAAAAAAUGCAUGUUGCAAGAAAAGACCACUUCAGGAGCCCUGGUUUUUCUAAACUACUAGCAAGCCACUUAAUACAGUGAAGACUCCUAUCGUGAUACCAGAUACCUUUUUGCACAGUUACUGCAAAAGUUAAUAAUUUCUAUACUAGUGAAAAGAAGUGCAUCUCUACGCACUGAAAGAAGACUGACCCACGCAGUGAUGAGAAAAUAAAACAGAAUUUUGCAGAAGAUAAAGUUAUUUAUCUGCCCUUGCAGAGGUAGGGAAAACUGAAGUAGUAAAUAGAUUAAAGUAAACACAGUAACAGGUAACAAAACGAGCAGGCUCCUUCCAAAUAAACACCAAAACUACAUAAUGUCAGAGACCUUGAGAAAAUGCUGUUUAUUCCCUCAUAUUUACUUAUCCCCUCAUUAUACUCUAUAUGCAUAGUGCGUGCUUUUUAGGGCAAGGCAAGCUGCUUACUCUGAAGUUCUGUGUAAGUUUAAGACACUGUAAAUAAAGACCAGAGGCAAUGGGUUUUACCAGAUGGGUCCUGCACACCCUGGUUGACCUCAGUGUCGUUAACACGAUGUGAAUAGAGAGGGUUGUCACUAAGAAGGUACGAAGCCAAAUCUGAAGUCUCCAACUCACCUGAACAAUGCAAAAAUCCACUGGCAUUUCCUGGCAUGUCCUGCUAUGAUUAUAUAAUGAGGCAAUGGUUGCAUUUAUAAAUAAAAACUAAAAAACAAUAGAGCAGGCAUGUGACUUCCUUUGUUUCCCAUGAAUUCUGCACUGCACUUGGGAUUUCUAGCCUUGGAACAGCCACAGAAAGAUCCAACAGCUGAAAAUCAGAGUGAAAAUCAGGGAUAACCAGGGAUUCUUUCAGACCUGUAUCAGCUUCUUCCUUUUACAGUCCAUCUUACUGAAGUGGUAUCUAUCCCGGCCUGUGCAUUCCAGAAAAUCCACCUCCAGGACACAAAUAAAUGAGCACAGCAGAGAAUUUCCGCACAACAGGAUAAGGUGACAGAGUCAGUUUAAGAAAUGGACCAAGCAAACCAUGGUGACCCAGCCAGCUCGUAAUGUGUGCAUUUCACAGGGAUAUGAGAAGGCAACAUCAAAGUUUCUUGUAACAAUUUAAAUUCUGCCACAUUGAGAACCACACAAGAUUUGCUAUACUGGAUAAAAUCACACAGAAGCAGCCCCUUGUGACUCUGUUGUGCUGUCUGUGGAGGAGCAGAUGCUGAGCUCUAGCACUUCCAUCUCAAAGUCAAUGAUUUAUUCUGCAAGCUUGCUUAGCAGCACACCCUCUUGGUAUUCGGGCUCAACUCAAUGUCACUGGGCCGAAGUCCUUCAGGCGAUUCCAAGCAAUUUUUGCAAAAUUUGCAAAAGAAAAUCAUCUUCAAGCCCAUUUACUGGCAUACACAAGUUUCUAGAGCACACAGGAAAAAUCUGGAUACAUACAGUUGACCAGGAAUUCUUUCUGUACACCUAAGGUCACAAGUCCAAAGAAUCCUCUAUUGUUCCUAGCUUUGAAGACCUUUGCAGCCAGACACUCCUGCCAUAGCAGGGCACUUAACACAUACUGAUAACCAAACCAAAGUCUCAGAUACACACUUGAGGGUGUGUAAGAGUAAACAGGUAAGACUGUUCUGCACUUUACAAGAGAAGAUCAGAAAAAUACAUUCCUACUGCUGGUUAAUGGCCAAAAUUACUGUCUGAGAGACUGUCAAGGAAGUUAGGGAAGGAGGGAACCUGUAGAGUUAGCACAGGUAUUUCGAAAGAUGCAUUAGUGAAUAAUGUAUAUGUAAUAUAUGUGCAAAUAUAGCAGCCACCUUUUAGUAUAAAAAUGGCAUUUUAAUUCUUUAGAAAGGAUCUCCCACAUAGCAAAUUGUAAAAAUAAACACAGUGUAUGUAUCAUCAGAUUAUUUACAGAAUUCCAUACGCAAGAAAAAUUUUUCCACUUGAUCACACUUCUGAAAUGCUCUUAAUUAUUGGUGGCAAGGGAUGAAAAAGAAAAAGCCUGACUCAGUUUGCAUGACUGACAAUUAGAAAAAAGGCUUUUGGUCAGUUGAGCAAAUAUGAUCUGGAGUCACUGACACAUAAACAUGAAAUCUCCCAGGGAGAAGAGUUGCUUUUCAAAAUAAAAUCGCGCUUUGAAUUCUGGGAGAAGCAAAAGGUAGACAAUGGAUCUUCUAAUUCAAACAUGUUCUAAAAACCUACUGAGUGUUACUGCAGUAUCAGCCUAUUGCAAUUAGAAGACAACCUAUUUUUGCACAAAAGAGGUAUGGAACUGCAUCUGGAAGAAUGUGUUUAUUAUAAAGACUGGCUGCUGCGAGUGUACCACUGACAGAAAGCUCCCCAUGGGAAGAACUCCCCUAAAACAACACCCAGCUUUCAGCAAAUUCACACAACUCAUGCCACGAACGGUUGAUCCCACCAAAUACUGGUGAUUGAGAUCUGUUCUCCAAAUGACAGCUACUCUCUAGUUUGUCUUAGUGAUUCAGGCAAGACAUGACAGUGAGGUCUGGUUUCUGCCAGAGCCUCUUGGUUACCUCAAAGGGACAUGAUGUUGUCAUUCAAAAUAUUGAACUGGUUCUUUAAAUCAGCAUACAAGAGAGGAGGACAAUUUUUGAGGAAGUCAAACCCAGCAGUAGUCCCUUACGCUUCCCAAUUUAAUACCAAAUUGAGCAUAACAGCAUCCAGGUAGCAAUCCUUACAGCAGAAAUUACUCAUUAGAGCAAACAGCAGUCAUCAUACAUUUGUACAGGAGCUUGUGCUUCCUCCCACUGGUAGGAUGAAGUGAAAAGCACCCCACUGAAGAAUUUUGAGCAAUGAGUCCAACAUCAGACACAAUGAAGAGAAACCCAGAAACCCCUACAAGAGCAGCAAGAGACCGCUGAGAUCCCAACUCUCUCACCAAAUGUGACACCACUGGGGCAGCGAUGCAUGCUUAUUUGGUUGUCAAUCAAUUAGGAAUCAAGCCUAAGGUAUCUUUUGCGUAGCAGCUAGCUGUGUUUGCUGUGCACUAAAUGCAGCAAAAGAGUUUUAGUCUUUGCCUCUGCCUCUACAGCUCAGUUAAUGGUCCCAUUAUAAAACAAUCUCCCAUUGUAAAAAAAUCCUCUCUGUCAGCUCACACUGGAAUGAGAUUCUGCCAUUGCUGUGCUUCGGUUGCACAGAGACCUUGACAGUAAGACGCUGGGGAAGAGGCCCAUGCAGACAGCAUAUUCCCCCAAGGCACAGCUGAAACCUGAAACAGAUGAGGGCUGCGAUAUUUCUUGCCCGUUGUGACCAGGUUAACCUUUCACCUGUAGGACUCACUGCUUCCAUUUGCCCAACCUGUGAUAAGCUGGAAAUGAAAUCACUUUGACAGCUAGAAAAGGUCAGUUGUAGAAACAACAUACUUGUUUUAGCUCAGGACCUCACCUACAGCAUCUGCUAUUCAUCGCCUAUUAGUGCAUCCACAAAGAAAAAAUCCGAUUCCUCACUGCAGCGGAACGCUGAUGAUACCUAGCCCAGAAGCCCACAUCUUACCACAGCACUUGUGAAACUGGAUCCUCCAGCUGCAAGAACAGAAUCUGGAGAUGAUUUUACAAAACUCCUGGGGAUGCAUUCAGGACAUCUGAAAUGAGGAAGGCAGGCAAGCUGAAGAUGACCUUCCAAGUGCUGUUUGCAAGCAUUCACAAGUAAAUGGAACCUUACAGUGCUGUGAAAGGUACAAUCAGGCAUUAACAUAUGGCAAACUCCGUUACUGGCAAUGAUUCAUCAACCUUUCACUCACAGAAAACCUGACCUCCGCUCUAUCUGUAAGACCUUGCAGAACACUCAUGUCAAGAUGUACUGGGUUUUGUCACGCUUCAUGAAGGCAUGGCGGUAAGUACAAUGUGCUUAGGUGCAUCAGUCUCCCUACUGAUCUUAUCAACACAGAUGAACGUGCCCGGGAGAGGCAGUCCGCAAGAGAAUCAAGAUCUGUCGGUAACUGCCUGCUACUUGAAAUACACGGUUGACUUUUCGGUAUCGGGAUUUUUCUCCCCCACGCAACAACAAAUGUGAAAUGUUUGGCACAUCCUCAAAAUAACAGUUUCUCAUCUCAACCAAAACUCACGUUGGUAUGAUAAAGAUUUUCUGUUAUUCUUACACACUUGUAUUUAUGAGAAUACUUGCACACAUUUCAGAAAAGAGAAAUCUUUGUAAAGUUACAUGGAUUUUAUGAUUAAAUUGGGACAGGUUGAUAACUUCACAAAUGGAAAAUCCAUCAGCAAGUUAGGCUUGUGGUCCCAAAUGUGCAGGCCUUUGAACAGCGACGCAGGCGUCUUUCCCACAGAAAUAUGCUUGUAUAUUAAAAAGUUAAAAACCCCAUGAUCUGCAGGAUCAUUACAGGACUUCGUGCUACAACUCCAGCAUAUGGCAAUAAAUCAAAAAUUUUCAGCUAUACCAGUUUAAAGGAUAUUCCAACUGCCCUCAUUACCACUGACCUUUCACUAACACAGAGUGCUGACCUGAGCUGGGGUUGAAUAAUCCCUGCCCACAGAAAAAUGCUGUUGCAAAGCCAAAGAAUAUUUGAGAUUCUUUAUGUAAUAAAAAGAUAAACAAUGGCACAUGUAUUCUUUCCAGGCAUGGUUUAUUGAAAACACACCAAAUUGUUAUCCUACAUACCUGGUUUCUAACAAGCAUUCUACUUGUCUGCAUUAUGGAAAGAUCCUAUAGUAAUAAUACAUUCUGUCACGGUAACAUUUGUUCUAUGAAAAACAUAAUCCACCUUUUUUUUUUUCCUCUCCAUACUUGUAAAAUCAAACCAUUCUAAGUGUUUCAGUUUAUAGUACAGUGUAAAUACAAUGCAAAAUCCCACCAGUCUAAACUACAGAGAGAAUGUUGAGCAGUAUUACAGAAAACACACUGUUGAUUUUUUUUUUUUAUUCUCCUACCAUGAAAAUUUUAAGGCACAUGAUAGUUACAAACACAUUAGCUACUAAUUACCAGUAAGCUUCUUAGUCUAGUUAUUUUGUUUUUCUGAACAGUAAGAACCAGAUUGGCAGGCCUUGUAGUAUCUGCGUUAUCUUCCUUCCCACCUUGGACUUCAGAACAUCCUACCCUGAUGUAAAACUUAAGACAGAAAAAAAAAAGGUUCAUAAUACCUUCCCCUUAAAUGCACUAGAUUAGUUACUGUACCAGUAAAACAGAGAGUUCCUCUGUCGAAGAUAAGGAAACACGAGAUUUUAGGGGCAUCAAACCAAAGAACUUUUGCAAGAAACUAUGCCUAUAUAAACAUCUUCAAAAACUGUGAGUGCAUGACUCCACCCCAACAGCACAGAAACGCUGGCUGAAGUUAUUGGCACACCGUAGUUUUCACUGAGCGGGCAGUCGGACAGCAGAAGAGGCUACAACCACUCUAACGUGCCCGUUUGGCUUCUGAAGCUUUCCUUACUCAGAGGGUUCAACACGUGCACCUCUCCCACAGGUAGCUGAGCCUAUACGCUCAACUGUAAGGCAAGUAACAGAAGGUAACUCACCACCUUCAAUCUCAUGGAACUGCUCUAGGAGUGAAAACUGCUUUGCCUAGCAUAAGCCUUGCAUGCCAGAAAGGAUUACUGAAAACUGCUCCUCAGAGCUGGCAAGAACUUACUGAUGGACUGUAACAGUUAAACACGCUACCCCCUGCUUUCCUGAUGCGUCACCGUGAGUCAGUUCCUGCUCCCCAAGUCAGUCCCUUUUGCGGUGUCUUGGCAACAGAGACAAGAUUUGCUUUCCUGAUACAGACACAUUCAGAAUCCACACGUCUGAGUGCCCGAGAGCAGAACUAGGAUAGGCAGGUGUUUUGACCAGAAGGCACUGAAGAUCAGGACCUACGGCUGCCCAAGCUGUUCUCUGGGGAGCAUUUCAAGCUGGCAACACAUCUUGAGUUGUCAAGUUACACUUAUGGCUAAAUUGCUAUUUAACUCCCUGACAGAAACAAAAUGUCCUAAAGCCUUGCUUUUGCACAAUCCUCCUCGGAGUCUGCAGACAGACAGACUGACCCGGGAAGCUGCAAGCACAAUUGCUCGCACGCUCAACACCAAACUUGAUGCUUCUCCAGGGGAGUCUCGACACACAAUAUUUCUUUUAAAACCUCCACAGCUUAAUGAAGAUGCUUGGGAGAUGUGCAAGUCACCUCCCUGCGAAGGAAGUUCUGCAGUAAUUAUAUACCAUCCGAAGUCCCCCUCU